CGCGCAGAUCCUCCAGUGUGCUGACCAGCGGCGCUUUGGUCUCUCAGGUGCGCCCAGGUACGUAACACACCUGUGUGUAUAUCUGCAGCUCCUAGUUACUCAGCACACGGGGCAUGCUUCAUGUUUAUGUAUCAAGAACCCCCAAGUAUGGCUUCGUCCGAGCGAGAGAGGAACAGAUUUCUGGAGUAUAGACAGUCGGAAGAGUGAUCGGUGAGACUAAAACUUGUGAAGGUUAGGCUUGGAGAUACCACGAUGUCUGCCACAUCGUCUGCCUCCCCGUCGAGGCGGCCUAGUCUCCUACCCGGCGGCAUGGAUGAAAAAGACAAGGAUGAAGCAUAUCUCGCUCAACUCCAGGCGACUCGUAACGCAAACCAGUUCUUCGAAAAGUUUGACCGUGCAGAGGUCCAAGAAAUGCUGGCGUACACUUCCUCGCAUUGGUUACUGUCCUCGGACGAUCUACGGUUCUCUGUCGAGCCGCCGGAUGGAUUGGUUUCGAAAAUGCGUGGGAUAUCGUACUCCAACUGUAUCUUCCUUCUCCCUGAGGUGCCAAAUUGUCAACCGUACGACUGUCGCGAACUGCACCAGAUUAUUCGCGACCUGGUCACAGGAAUAUUCGCAUUGAACCAAGUUCCCUGUAUAUCGCUAGAAGCGAAUUUUGACCAGAGUACCUCCUGUAAACUUCCUCCAGCAUAUCAUGAUACAAGAGUUGGACAGAUCCUCAUCAAUCUGGACUAUAUGAUGAAGGCGUUGUGGCAUGGGGCAUUCUUUCCGCCGGACAAGAGGGCAAAGUUUUCGGAACGUUGGAGGUCAAACCUGGAUGUAAAUGCAAGCGGCAAACCCGAGACGAAGAAGAACGUUUUGUUGGAGUUCACAACAGCAGGUAUGAUGGACGUGUCUAAGGACCCGGAGUACGCCCAGGUGUACGGAGACCAGCCGGAGACUGAGAAGAUGAAGGACGAACAUGCGACCUUGGAAGAGCGGAAGCUGUUCAUGCGUCAUGUGGAGAACUUCUCACUGCAGAUGACUGUUUACCAGACCAGCGUGCAGCAGCACAAGAACCUGUUUCUCAUGGAGUCUGACUGGAACAUCGCGCAGCAAGUGCGGAUAUCAGAGGACAGGAUUGACCAGCAGAGCUACCUGCUGAUCCAGAGACGUCUCCAGAUGCACCAGGAGAUGAUUAAGAAACACCUGGAGGACAAGGCUGAGGUUCGGCGGCUCCUGGGGCUGGUCAAGUUCAUCAGCUUCAUGGUGCCCUUCCUGGUGGCCAUGAGGAGGAGGAUGAAGGUCCCGGAUAUGUCCAGGUUACUCGCACCGUUUAUAGAUGACAAGCUGAGAACAGAGAGAGAACUCCCACCCCUGAUGCUGGGACCUGAUUUCAAGUGCAAGAACUUCUUCUUCGAGAACCGUUACCACCAUCUGCACGGGGGCAUCUCCAUAGACCUGGAAACUGGAUAUCUAGUGGACCCCCCAGAUGAAGUGGUUGAUGCGUUUGACGAGCUGCAGCUGGAGGCAGCUACUCACUGUGCCAAACUGUUGGACCCUGAUGCCCCGUACAUGGAACACUACCCACUGCCUGUGGUGGAACUCAAUGGGAAAAGGUACCACAUCUUCUCCCUGGACUUCGAGACUUACUACCCUCAGUCUCCACACAAGCCCCGGUGGAUCCAUGCCUUCUAUGACGUCACCGCCAGCCUCAAGCCGAAGAGGCUGCCUCUGACUGACAUACAGGUGCACGAACACUUCAAGAAGAGGUUCGGGUACAAGAAAGCCAUCAGAUACAAGAACCUGCAGUACGGCCUGAAAGCAUCAGCGCAGCGGGGCCUGGUCGCCAUCUUCCAGACGCUGUGCCGAAAGUGUCCGGCAACUCGGCUGGCGAAACACGACGAGCUGGGCCUGUCGCUGCUGCACCACGCGUCGAUCCACAACCGUCCGCAGGUCAUCGCUCUGCUGCUGCUGCAGGGGCUGGAUGUUAACGUACGCAGGCUCGUGUCGCACUACACCACCGCCAGCAGUGGUCCGACAUCCCUGCACCUGGCUGCCCAGUGUGGCUCGCUAGACGCCCUGUCGUGCCUGGUGUCCUGUAAAGCGAACAUCACGAUGUCUGACCAGGACGGCUGGGCGCCGGUACACCAUGCCGCGUACUACAACAACGUGCAGUGUCUCAAACAUCUCAUCAACAAGGAUAGCAGCCAGCUGGAGCUCAACACUACCAAUCAGUUCAAGUCAACGCCGCUGUUGCUAGCGGCAAGUAGUGGCGCCCUCGCGGCUGUACAGCACCUGCUGGCGGGCGGAGCGGACAUCACGAAACACGACACCAAGGGAGACAACGUGGUGCACCUGGCCGCGCUGCAGUCUCACACCAACGUUCUGGAGUAUCUCAUCCUCAUGAACUGUCUGGAAGUGCCUGUAUGGAAGCUUCUAGUAGGGAUGUUGCAGAGUGAGGAGGAAGACAGGAAGCUGAAUGCUGUGAGAUCGCUGGACAUUCUCUCUGUGUCUGGGGAGGAGCACUGGAAAGCCAUGCUGGCAGCCGGUUCCAUCCCUGCACUGGUGGAGCUUCUCAAACACGAUAGCGAGAUAUUACAGGCUCUGGCCGCCUCCGUUCUGUGCAACAUCUCCGAACACGAGCCCGUGAGGCGAGAGAUCGCCAACGCAAACGCCACCCCCGUGCUCAUCCGUCUCCUGGGGUCGGCUGUGGACGAUAUCCAGUCCCGUUCUGCCGUCAUCCUGUCAGACCUGGCGUGUGUGGACGAUAACCAGGAGUCCAUAUCUGCACAGGGCGGGAUCCCCCCCUUGGUCCACCUGCUGGAGUCAGAGCUGGAGGACGUCCUGGUGAACGCCGUCAACGCGCUGCGGGUGCUGUGCACCGGUAACCACGGUAACCAGAGCACUGUGGCAGAAAACUGCGGCCUGGAACCCCUGGUGGAGUUCCUCGGAGUGGACUCAGACAUUCUAAAGGCGGCGGCUGCAGCGGCUUUAGCGUCCAUCUGUGCCGGACACAAGGACAACCAGGACAAGGUGGUGGAUCAGGGCGCGGUGCGGCCGCUAGUCGAGCUGGUGUGGGGGCGUAACGUGACAGUUCAGGUGAAGGCCGCAAGCGCGCUGGAGGCCAUCGCUGAGAACAACAGCACCAGUCAGGCGGCCAUCUUGGAUCUCGAUGCACCAAAAUAUCUCAACAAACUGCUGAAGGUCUGGUCUGUAGAAGUAAAAGAACAGGGUGCCUGUACGCUGUGGGCGCUGGCUGGCAGCACACCGCGGCAGCAGAGGAUGAUCGCAGAGAAGAUCGGGAUCCCCCAGCUGAUCGACAUGCUGCUGUUAAAGUCUGAGAAACUGCAAUAUGUGGGCUGUUUGGCAAUCAUUGCGUUGAGCCGCUCGAGUAUCGAGUAUCAAAACAAGAUCUGUCGUGAGAACGGGAUCCAGCCGUUGGUGCGACUGCUGAGAUCACCCAAGACUUCUGAGACGGUACUGCUGACUGUUAUCAAGGCCCUGGGCACUCUGUGUAUAGGUGUUGCCCACAGUAGCAAUAAGGUGACCCAAGGGAAGAUAGCAGAGGAGCAGGCCAUAUCUACAUUGUGUAAAAUCUUAGGGAGUACAUCAAAUGAGAUACUACAGGUGGAGAUAGUCCUGGCUCUCUCCUGUAUCUCCCUGAACAACAAGGACAUCCAGGAGGUGCUGAAGGAGGAGGAGACGUUCUCACCCAGUAUCCUGUUACAGCUCUUCCACUCCAGUAAUAAGGAUGUACAGUUGAGAGCAGGCACUGCCCUGUCCACAUACGUCUUCAACAACACUGCAAACCAGUACAAGAUCAGGCAGCUGGGCGGGAUUCCGCUGGCCAUAUUUGAGCCCUUCCUACUGUCAGAGAACGAAGCCUACCAGGCACACGCUUCAUUCCACGUUGUGGUGCUGGCCCGAGUGAUUGUAGAUCAGGACCAGGUCAUGCUGACAGCCCGCGGGGUCACACAGCUGGUGGAGCUACUGCAGUCAGAUGAUGACAACACGGUGGUUUUAGCAGCGAGCCUGAUGGGCAGCCUAGCCCACACCAGAGCAGGGAUCCCAGACGCCAUGGUGACGUGUGGAGCCGUGGAACUGUUAACAGAACAUCUGUCUUCUCAUAACGACCAGGUUCGUUUCUACGCUGCCGUUGCCCUUGGUUACCUGACCUUUAACCGAACGGCAGGGCGCGAGCUACUGGUCCUGUGUCGGAACACCCCGGGUCUGUACGAUGUGCUGGUAGAGAAUAUGGGUCAGGACGCUCGCAUCAGCAUGGAGUUCACAGAUACGUUCAGGAUGGCCAAAAUGGUGGGGCUGCCCUCACAGAGUCUGGAGAUCAAUGGAGGCCCUCCUAUACAGUAUCCAGGAUCAAGAGGAUAUGCGCGACCCUACACAGCCAUCGGCCUGACAUCCACCACCAAAGUGCGAGACAAGCCCGGCCCCAGGACUGUGUCUGCGCCUGCAAUCAUCAACACAAGGGACAGGAGGCGCCGCGAGAAGUCAGCAAUGAUCUCUGUGUCUAAGAGCAUGGCAACUCUUACACACAAGGAGGAGGAAAAUGGCGGUCGGAGUUCUAGAAAGCAGCCUAGAGCAUCUUCAAGGGUUAAAAAAGCUUGGACGUGAUUUUACAGUUAGACA